UCAUUCCGAAUUUCUGUUUAUCGCUGAAGCACGAAAGCAAUGGGGAAACGAUUGCGAAGGGAGAAAUCAAUCUGCUGCUGCAUCUCUCCUCGAUCCACCUUUCUCACUCCUCACUCCACUUUCUACUGUUACGAAGAGGACGUGUGGACGGAGAUCGCCAAGUACUUGGACGGAAAAUCUCUGGUGAUGCUCGCAGCAACGGGCAAGUGGUUCCACCGCAUUAUCAUGGAUGAGAGUAUAUGGAACUUUACCUGUUUGCGCGAUCUUCAAGUCCCUGAUCCUCGCAAGGUGUCCUUCAAAUGGAUCAAGCUUUACGCUUCAGCUUUCGAUGGAAGUCACUCUUACAUGUUUCGUCAGCAGGAGAAACAUAUUGAUUGGAUGCGGAUCGGGGCAUUUUUCUUUGACUCACCAGUAGCAUUCCUGACAGAGAAGCUGAUUGCUCCAGCGAAAAUUCCAAUAGAAGAAGGCUUAGAUAAAAUGUUGCAGUCGAAUGGCUUUUGCGUGUUAAACAACAUUAAAUCUGGCAUCUGGAUUGCUGAUUUACAGCUUGUUCGAUGCCCUGUUUGUGACCUCAAUACAUGUGAUGGAACAAUGCAGACACUGGAUGCAAGGCAAAUGGAGCUCUUUCUGAAUGACAAAUACAAGGACGGGAGCUGGGAGUACAAGCUGAUAGGAUCCCAUGAUGUCAAAAAGCAUAUAGAUGGAGCUUGUGGUGCCAUUUUUGACAUUAAACACCUCAAGGAUCCCUCAACAUCUGGUAAUUUUCUUACUCCAUGGCUAGUUUAA